AUGGCUUCGUCCAAGCGCUUCCGCUUCAUGGCAAUUGCCGUCAUUUUCCAUUUUGUGUAUAUAUAUUCCAUCUUCGAUAUCUACUUUGUUAGCCCGAUUGUGUCGGGCAUGCGCCUGUUCCAGGUGGACAGGCCGGCCUCGACUCCCGCGCCCGCAGAUCGUCUGGUCCUCUUUGUCGGAGAUGGAUUGCGUGCCGACAAGGCAUUCCAACUGCAUCCCGAGCCCUACCCCAAAUCCGAUAAGGACCUCAUCCCUCGGUCGCUCGCGCCCUUUCUCCGGUCUAAGAUAUUAGAAGAAGGAACUUUCGGUGUCUCCCACACGCGCGUGCCAACUGAGUCUCGACCCGGCCACGUAGCCAUCAUUGCCGGCCUCUACGAAGAUGUGUCUGCGGUAACGACCGGGUGGAAGAUGAACCCAGUGAACUUUGAUAGUGUCUUCAACCGCAGUCGACACACGUGGAGUUGGGGCAGUCCUGAUAUUCUGCCCAUGUUCCAAUACGGUGCAGUCCCUGGGAGAGUGGAUGCCUAUGCCUACGGCGCCGAGAUGGAGGACUUUUCGUCUGAUGCCACUGCGUUGGAUAUCUGGGUUUUUGACCACGUCAAGGAGUUCUUUGCCGAGGCACGCAAGAAUAAGACACUCAACGACAUGCUCCGGCAAGACAAGAUUGUCUUCUUCCUUCAUCUACUCGGUCUGGACACAACCGGGCACUUCCACCGGCCAUACUCCAAGGAGUACCUCCACAACUUGAAGAUUGUGGAUAAGGGAGUCGAGGAGGUCGUGGCUGUUAUCAACGACUUUUACAAAGAUGAUCGGACCGCUUUUAUUUUCACUGCCGACCACGGCAUGAGUGAUUGGGGAAGCCACGGUGAUGGUCAUCCUGACAACACUCGAACACCCCUUAUCGCCUGGGGCUCAGGAGUGGCCAAGCCAGAGCUAUAUCCCGGAGAAGUCGCACCAGGCCACGACGAAUACUCAGCUGACUGGGACCUUAACCACGUUCGGAGACACGACGUCGCCCAGGCCGACAUUGCCGCGCUCAUGGCAUAUUUGAUUGGUGUUGAGUUCCCCGCAAACUCAGUGGGCGAGCUGCCUCUCUCCUACAUUGCUGCCGACCUCAAGGGCAAAGCUGAGGCGGCCCUUGUCAAUGCACAAAGCAUCCUCGAACAGUAUCGUGUCAAGGAGGAAAAGAAGAAAGCCUCCGAAUUGCGGUAUCGGCCAUACUCUCCCCUCAGUCAUGAGGGUCAGGAUUCUGCAAGCCGAGUUGCUGCUAUUCGCAAGCUUAUCGAAGCUGGCAGUUAUGAGGAGGCUAUCGAAGAAUCAGCCGCUCUGAUGAAGAUCGGCCUCGGCGGCCUGCGGUAUCUGCAGACGUACGACUGGCUUUUCCUGCGUGCCCUAAUUACGAUCGGCUACCUUGGCUGGAUCGCAUACGCGUUGACCACGGUCAUUGACCUGCAUGUCUUACAUGGGCACCUCCAGCCCUCAAGGACAAUGUCAGGAGUUGUCGCUGCUUCGUCUACUCUGGCUGCGCUGUAUGCAUCAUUUGUGAUCUCUAAAUCGCCACUGACCUACUACGCCUAUGCCUUCUUUCCUGUCUUCUUCUGGGAAGAGGUGUAUGCGCGGAGGAAUAGUCUGGCGGAAGCGAACAAGACUGAAAAUAUCAACUUGAUCGUCAUUGGGGGGUCUCUCAUGGUCCUUGCUGGCGUGCUCUAUCUUCUCCUAGAGGACUUCGUGUUGGCUGAUUUCACUUGGUCCGCAAAGCCCUCCACGCUGAAGAACCUUUAUGCGCGGACACUUGUAGGCAUACAAACAGGCUUAAUUCUUCUUGCCACGAUUGUUACCCGGUCCAGUGCCCUAUCCCUGCAGGCUAAACAGGGUCUUCCCCGUGGCAACCAAAUCGUGGGCUGGGCCGUUUUGGGUUUGUCGUUUUUGAUGCCGCUUGCCUACCGUGUGCAUCCCAACAACCACUAUAUGCACAGGAUUUUGGUCCUCUUUCUGACUUGCGCACCCACCUUUGUCAUCCUUACUAUCUCAUACGAAGGGCUCUUUUAUCUCUCCUUCUCGGCUAUCCUUGUCAGCUGGGUGCGACUCGAGCAUGCCGUCUACAUAUUCGUCUCAUCUCAGGCUUCAACAGCAUCAGGACCAGGACCAGCGAACGGUGUGAUGAAGGUGACAUCCCAUAAACAUCUUGAGUCCACAAAGCACAUUAGCAAGUCUUUCCGCCCACUCACUCUGAACGACGCACGUGUGGCACUCUUCUUCUUUGUCUUGCUGCAGUCAGCUUUCUUCAGCACAGGCAACAUCGCCUCAGUCUCGGCCUUUAGCUUGGAGUCGGUUUCGCGGCUGAUUCCCAUCUUUGAUCCCUGGUCACAAGGAGCUAUGCUCAUCCUUAAGCUACUGAUUCCCUUCGCGCUCAUCUCGGCCAACCUGGGCAUCCUGAACAAGCGUCUCGGCGUGGCACCUUCGGCACUCUUUAUGUUGGUCAUGGCAGUCAGCGAUAUUUUGACGUUGUACUUCUUCUGGGUUGUCAAAGACGAAGGGUCAUGGCUCGAGAUCGGAUCAACGAUUAGCCACUUUGUCAUUGCCAGUGGGUUGGGCAUUUUUGUCUCGAUGCUGGAGGGCGUUAGCGCGGUCUUCAUUUCUGGUGUUGAUGUUGGAGAGGAUGCGAUCAAGGCUGCCCCAAACGGGGCAGCUGAGCAUUCUCCUCCUGAUGUAUUCGUGGAUGACGUUAAAGGUAACGGAGGUGUUGGAGGUAAGUGA